GUUUUUUUCACCAUCUAGGAAAUUUAUCGAAUGUUUUUAUAUGUAGUCAAGGAAAUCGAUAUCAAAGCAAUUAAAGUUUGUGUGGAAGACGUGCAGGGGUCUGGGUGAUGUCUCCUGUCUGGGGUGUGCCCUGCGAUUCCUGCAACACUGCCUGUGCAUCAGGAGCCUGAGUGCGGUUGUCAACCAGCGCGUCAGCAUCAUGGACAAGUGCACCAAGUUCAAACUCUUCAUCGUCCUGCUCGUCCUGUGUGUCAUCAAUGUGUUUGCCUACCGGUUCUUUAGCCGGCCAGACUUGACCCUUGUAGAGUCCAGUUUUGUGACUUCUAAACCUAGUUUAAGGAUCUCCAGCUCCAAUGGCAGCAGGGACCAUGGUGCCAACCAUACUGCCGCCACUAUAGCAGUGAUUAGGUUAGAUAAAGACAUUAUUCCCCAUGAAAUUCCUGCCAGUCCAGUGCUUGAGACCACUAGUACACAAAGUGAGGAGCCCAAGACACUGCCUCUCUGCCCGUUGGUGCCCCCAGCUUUAAGGACAACCUCAGGCCUUGUUUAUGGGCCCCUCGCCACAUAUACCCAAAGCCUUACACUUGAAGAAAUUGCCAAGGAGAACCCAGGUCUGAAGCCCGGGGGUGUGUUCAGGCCGCCCGACUGCACAGCUCGUCACAGGGUGGCCAUUGUCAUCCCCUACAGGAACAGGGAAGAGCACCUGAAGCUGCUGCUGAGGAACCUGCACCCAAUGUUGGCCCGCCAGCAGCUGGACUACGGCAUCUUUGUCAUUGACCAGGCUUUACCAGGCAAGUUCAACCGAGCCAUGCUUAUGAACAUCGGCUUCGAGAAGGCCAUGGAGAAGUAUGAUUAUCAGUGUGCCAUUUUCCAUGAUGUUGACCUUAUCCCAGAAAAUGAUAGAAAUAUUUAUUCCUGUCCAGAAAUGCCAAGGCACAUGUCUGCUGCAAUAGACAAAUUUAAUUACAGGUUGCCCUAUGAUGCCAUAUAUGGAGGUGUCAGUGCUAUUAACAAGGAACAGUUCAAACAAAUCAAUGGUUUCUCUAACCUGUUUUUUGGCUGGGGCGGGGAGGAUGAUGAUAUGGCUACAAGGAUAUCACACAGUGGUCUCAAGAUAACAAGAUAUCCAAUGGACAUUGCCAGAUAUAGGAUGAUAAAACAUAGCAAGGAUAAUGGCAAUGAGCAAAACCCACAGAGAUUUGCACUCCUCAAAACUACUUCCAAGCGCAUGGCUUACGACGGCCUCAAUUCUCUCAAAUACACAACCCAGUUAGUCGAGGAGCUGCCUACACAUCUUAGAAUACAAGUUCUUAUAAACGAAGCUGAGGUUGUGGACAAUACAAAACAAUCAUGAGCAGAUCCACCCUCUUGACUUAGUAUUUUAUUUCUGACUUUGUGAUCGUAGGGUGCACUGACUUUGUGAUCAUAGGGUGCACUGACUUCGUGAUCAUAGGGUGCACGGACUUUGUGAUAUUGGAAUUAUUUGACUAUGGGACACACCCACCAUGGCCCAGUUGGGCUUCAAUUUUGAACUUGUGCCUUUCUUAGUGUAAUUAUAUGGAUAUUUAUGUUAACAUUGUUGAGUGUUAAAAACAAAACAAUUAUUGUGUACAACAUUUGGAUGACAGGAGUCAUUAUUCUGUUGAAAACUUCAGAAACCUGGAGUUAGAAGUUCAAAACUGUACUUAAACAAAAAUACUUCAAGUUUUGAACCUCAUCUUUAAUAUUGCUUCAAGUAGGACAACAAGUGAAAAGAUGUAACUUGAAUUGUCAGCAAGAUUUAAGUUAUAGGAUCAACUGACAAGUUGACACUUUGUUUUCUUACUAUCAGAUAGAUACCUUGGUUUUUGUAUAACAAGUUUAAAUAGCAAUGUCACUCUCGUGAUCAGCGUGAAGAAUGCAUCAGCAACAAAUAACAGACUGGUCUGGGCUUUCUUUCUGCAACCUGCGUGCAGUGUAUGAGGCCAUAGUUUUGGCUAAUGAAUAUGGUAAUUUAUUGGUACUUAUGCUCAUCUUUUAAAAUAUUUGGCAGCUUACCUCAGAAUGCUACAUUAACUGCUGUCUGACAAAAAUAUUUUAUGGGCUGCAAAAAAAAAAACCAACGGUUGUACUCUCACUUUAUUUGUGUUCAUAUUUUAAACAGUAUGAAAUGUACUGUUUCAAUAGGAUUGUAUCCUAUUUCUAGUGUGGUUUAUUAGUUGAUAAUGAAGAUUAGCUACUUAGUUUAGAUGGCUAGUUUACGGUUUCCCAGGUUUUGCUUAUGAGUUUUAAACACUGCCGUAGUUUAUUCCUGAGUUUGUUCUCAUGGUAAAAUAGAAGCUGUUCUAGAAUGCACUGUUUACAACAGCUGAACAUUCCACUGAGCCUGGUGUGCAACAGAUGGGUUGCAAAAUUAUCCAGCAUGGGAAAUAACUUGUGUAUAAGUUGACACCAGAGGACGAUUUAAUCAACUUAAAGAACUUGUAUGUUCUCUUAAGAAAUAAUAAUUUGCUCAUAUAGGUAGAUACAAAAAUAUGUAAAAUGUCAAAAUAUAGAUUAUGUAGAAGAGUUAUUGUGAAAUAGUUUCUAGAAUAAUUGUCAUGAGGAUUUUUUAUCUAGUCAAUUAUGCUUGAACAUCUUUUAGUUUCAUCUCAUAUUAGAAGAAAAAGCCAUAUCCAAUUCACCAGUAAAUUUCAUUCUGUUGUGUGAGUUAAGUUUGUAUGUGUUAGACUAGGCUAAUCUAGUAGUUUAAACCACUGUCUAUACAACAACCACUGUCUAUCUAAAGCUGGAGAGGCUAAAACAAAAUUGCCAAAUAACACAACGACUGUUUGUUUGCCACACCCAGAAGCACUGCUAAACCUUGAAGAAGCUGUACAAAUCUUGAGCCAGCAUGGAUUAUGUUUGCUACUAAACUAAUUGUGAAGAAUAUUUUGUACCUGUCUUGUAUUAGCUUGUUCCUCCACAUCCAUUUAUCAGACUCUAGGACAGGUGUCUUUUUUUAUCAGAACUUUAAAAUGUUCACCAGUUACUUAAGUAUAGUCAUGAUACCAUGCGCUCUACCAAGUUGAUGCCUGCUACUUGAGCAUAUUUCUUUAAGGUGUUUACUUGCAACCUCUCUAUAAUCACAUCUGACCGGGUGAGCCAAUAAGCAAGGACCUUAAGCUGUAAGUGACUGACUGACUGAAGGGAAAGUCAAAGUUAGGGUUGAGCUAACCCAACCAACUACCUUAUCAGGGCCAUAACAGACUUCAAGUGAAUUCAUGAACAUUCCCAUGGUUUAGCAAAAGAAGAAAAAAUACCACAAAGCUUUGUUUGUAAACUUUGAGUGAAUUGAAUGAACAUUCCCAUGGUUAACAAAUAAAUACCACACUUUUGAAGCUGUCUUGAUAAGAAAUCUACAACAGAUAUAUUUUCCCUUGUAAUACAUGCAUUAUAUUACAAUAUGAUGUCUUAAGGUUAUAAUUAAUGAAAUUAAUGUUGUAUGUUAAUAAAUAAGUUAUUUAUUUUGUUUUAAUUUUACUCUAAUCACAACCACUGUACUUUAAUUAUUUGCUUAACAAUGCACUGUACAUGGUCUAAAAACCUAAACUGAAUAAAUCUUUAAAAAAAAACUGAAAUCACAUUCAAUAAAAUUUUAUAUAUGAAAUGCAUACUAAGAAUUAAAUGUUAUUUUUUGUAUGUUGUGAAAUAAAUAACCAAAAAUGACAAGAAUACUAUUUAAUGAAGCAUUUUCAAUGUACUUUCUAUUCUGCCACAGUGCAACAACCAACCAAACGUUUUACAAUGAAUAUUUAUUGAAGCAUCCUUAAUGUACUUUUAAAACAGUGCCUGUAAAAUGUAGGUAGUACUACGCGAAACUGUUUAGUAUGUUGUUUUUUGUUUGUUUAUUAAAAAAAGAAAUGACUUCUUUAAAUAUAGUAGUUUUUUUAAAGAUGAAGGACUAAUAGAAAGGCUAUUCCUUUUCUGCAACUUUGUAUCACUUUGAACCAUUCCACAACUAUUGUUUGAAGCUAACACUUCCCCUUUGUUUUAACUUGAAAUAACUAAAUGUCAUUUAUUAUAUUAAUAUCAUGCUUAUUUAUAUACAAGCUAUGUAAUUUGUUUUAUUGUUUUUUGUUUUGUUUUUUGAGUGGUAAAAUUUUUUUUACUGUGUAAACCAUAUCAAAAACAAAAUUAAAUUCAAUUUGACUGGUGCAUUUUACCUGCCUUUUAAAAUUUAAGAAUUUUUGUGGAGUAAUCAAGUAUGUGUGAUAGUUUUUACAGUUGGGCUUUUCCAGGCAUUUUUUGUUCACAUUUCCUGUUAAUGAUACAAGUCUCAUUAAUUUAUAGUUUGGUUUUACGUGUUCUUCUGUAAAACUUAUUCACUUGGUUAUUUUAUUCAUGCUUCUGUAAAACACAUUGACACAAUGCACUUUCAUCUUUGGUGAGUUAUAUCUCACAUCUGCUACUUUUAAAAUUCUUAUUGAACUCAUUAAGUUUGUUUAAUCAACUAUUCCUCAAUGCUAUUUACUUUAUACUAUUAUUUGUGACAUGAAUAUGGGAACUAUUUUAGUUAUGUAGCUUUCAAUUGUAGAAUGAACUGAUAAUCUUGAUGGGAAACAAAUGUUAGUUUAUAGGAAAUGGUCAGUUAACCAUGUCGAGACAGGGGCAGGUUAAUCUUGUCUAGUUAGGGACAAGUGCUGGCAGGUAGAUACAUUAUGUACAAUUGGUAACAAGUUUAAUAGAUACAUACAAUAAUAGUUUUAUUCAGUAGUGAGGGUACAAAAUUCAGCUUUAAAAAAAAGAGGCCAUAAAAUGUUAUAUUUAUGCUAUGCAUAUAUUUUAGACCAUUUAAGAACUUACGAAGGUACUAAAUUUUAUCAUCACCCUACCCAUACUUAUCUUUGUUUAUAUUUGAUAUCAUAAUAAAGAUUUAUAAAUUAUCAACUUUUUAUUAUUAAAAUUGAAAUAUAUUAAGCAUUUAC